UAAUGACAAGAUCUUAACCUCACAAUUACAUUUUCUCGAUAACAGUAUCUAGUGCAUUAACAGUACCCACUGUACCAGAAAAAUCAGUGUCUUUUUGGUGUGUUUCCCAAGUUUAUUACGUGCAGGGACAAUAGGAGUGCGAAAUUAUCUGUCACUUGGUUUUAUAUCAGGAAAGUUCUGUCAUCUAUCGGAAAAAACAUAAACACGGAUAACCCAAAUACAGAAUACUGCAUAUUCCGACUCAAGUUUACAGAAAAAUGAAAAUUGCAAUUCUUGGAGCAGGCGGUGCUGGUCUGUGUGCCGCAAGACACUGUCUAGACGAAAACUUCAACAUUGACAUUUUCGAACAAACUGGAAACGUUGGAGGAACCUGGAAUUACACAGAUAACAUAGGAGUGGACGAAAAUGGGAUCCCAGUUCACUCUUCAAUGUAUCAAGGCCUAAGGACCAAUUUACCAAAAGAACUUAUGACCUAUGAAGACUUUCCAUACCCUCAACAAGAGAAAUCGUACCUACCACAAGACGAAGUUUUAGACUAUAUUAGAAACUACGCCAAGAAGUACCAACUCGAGAAAUACGUUAAGUUUUACAAACAAGUACUUAAUGUAGAACCACGAAACAAUUUGUGGUUGGUCGAAUUCGAAGACGUCAAAAACAAACAGAAGGAAAGUGGAUUUUACGACGCUGUUUUUGUCUGUAAUGGUCAUUACAAAGACGCAUUCAUUCCUGAAAUACCCGGACAAGACAGUUUUAAAGGCACUAUUAAACACAGUCAUGACUAUAGGACUCCUGAUUGUUACAAAAACAGGCGAGUUUUGCUUAUUGGAGCAGGACCUUCAGGUUGUGACAUUUCAGAACACAUUGCUGAAGUUGCAUCUAAAGUUUAUUUGAGUCAUAAAACACACAUUUUUCUUCCGUUGUCAGAAACUAUACAGCAGAAACCUGUAGUGACAAAAUUAGAACCAUCAGGUGCGAUUUUCGAGGACAAUACAAGCGAAGAGGUUGACGAUAUCCUAUAUUGUACGGGAUACAAAUUCACUUUUCCGUUUUUGUCUGACACGUGUGGUGUUCAAGUCAAAGACAACUACGUGAACCCUUUAUUUAAGCAAGUCAUUAGUAUCGAAAAUCCAACCCUAGGCUUCAUUGGAAUACCCUUCACAGUGUGCCCUUUUCCGUUAUUUGAUAUUCAGGUUCGAUUCUUCCUAUCAACUCUCAAUGGCCACUAUAAACUUCCGUCAAAGGACGAAAUGUUGAAAGAUCUUGAUCAAACCAUGGCCAAAAUGUCUGGAAAACCAAUACGAAAGUACCACCAACUUGGCGAAGACCAAAAAAACUAUUUCGAUGAACUGGCCGAAGCUGCUAAUAUUAGAAAAGUGCCCCCAGUCAUCCAGAGUUUAUACAUGAGAGUAAGAAAGAACAGAAAUUUAAAUGAUUGUUUUAGAAUUAUUGAUGACGAAAAGUGGGAGCAAAUACGCUGAGUUUUUCCUGUAAUUUUUCGUUUAGUCCUUGCUUGAAAAUAAAUAUACUUUAUGCUUC